AGCUUUUGGGCUGCAGCUUUCUGACGAAAUGCUCAUCGCUCGUUGCAUGAAUCAAGCCACACUGUGGUCGCCUUCUGGCUUGGAGCGGCGCGGAUCGUAGUGGGCCAUGGCGCGGAGCGUCGUGGGGCGCACUGCUCUGAUCCUGGUGGCCUUGCUCCUGGCCCGCUGUGCCCCCAGCUUCCUGGCACCGGCCCGCCGCAGCGGGCACGUUGGAGCGAUCUCAGCUUCUUGGGCUGGCGACCUGAGGAAGGAGAGGCUUUCCGCCUCGGAGGAGGCAGCAGCUGAUGCUCGAGGAGGUUCCAGGCUAGCAAGGCACGCGGAGACAACUGCUGGGACGAAAACGGGGAGACCCAUCUUGGAAGCUGCUGCGACCUUGACGCUGAUUUCUGCAGCCUGCGCGGCGACCAGCUGUCUCUACCCGACUGCGGUCGAGGCGCUGGGCUUCAGAAGCAAAAUCCGGGAGUUGGUCUUUGCCUUCUUCAGCGCUUGCUCGAUCUUGUGGUUCUUGGCUCCCAGCCACCUCGCAACGCGGGUGAGCGCCCCCUUGCGCCCGCGCGGGUUAUCUUGCGCAGCCCGGGGGCAGAAACGCUUGGCCGCAGUGCUGCUGGCCGCUGGUGAUCUCACCAAGUACGCCGUCACCGCAGCACAGGGCUACUUCGCGGCCCGUUUGGCGGUGGAGGCGCUGCCGGUCCAAGCGAAAAGACUCUUACCCUUCAUCCCUUUCAAUGCCUCCGUGAUGACCAGCGAUCGCGCCCUGAAGCUCAUGGGCCCCUGGUUCGGACCUUUGGGCUCGCUCGGCGGGUGGAUGAUGGAGCUGAUGAGCGUGCUUGUUCGACAUCAUGCCUUCCAGCUCCUCCUGGUCCUCAGCGCUCUUCCUGUUAGUCGCUUUGCCUUCCUCGCCUUGGAGGGCUCUCCUCGGGCUGCAGAGCAACGCAGGUCAUUGGCAGAUCGAUUUCGAGAGCUGCUGCGGUGGGUGCUGUCCAGCGGUUCCCUCGUUUUUGGAAUCAUUGGUGCUUGGAACUUGGGGAGCCGCAGCUUGCAGUGGCCACCGUUGGUGUUCGCUGUCCUGGUCGGUUGUCAGACAUUUCAGAACGUGUUGGCUCGGGCGUUCAUGGCCAUUCACCGGAUACAGCUUCGAGGGAAGCAAGUGAAAGGCUUCGUGGGCGGCCAACUGGUCAAUGGAACGCUUCAAGAUUUCCAAGGCCUGGAAGUGGAAAUCCUCACUGAAGAUGGCACGCUGCUGCUGCCGGCGAUGACCGCGCUCCGGUUCGUGAAGCGUGGCACGGGCACGAUGCGUUCGGGCCUGGUGACCGUGCCAAUGGCGGGCGUUCAGGCGGCCCUCGAUGCGGGGAAGAAGGCCUUGGAGCCCAAUACCAAGAAGCAGAAGAUCAAGAAGCUCUUGGUAAUUCCGUUGGCCCUGAUUUUGGCCUUCGCGAUCAAGAGCCGCCCGCCAGUGGGCAGAUUUGCUUAUGCCUUUGCGGCCAGCAUGUAUUUGUCCGCCUUUGUCAUACCACCGCCAUUGGUGCUCGUUCUGGCGGUGAUCAUCUUCAGUUUUGGCGGCCCUUGUGGUUCACUGAGCUCGAAGGCCAUAGCCUUGGGCGUCAUUGUGAGUAGCGUCAAGCAACUGCUGCAAAAGCCUCCUGCGAAACCACCAGUGAGCUGUGCUGGAUUAGACUUGGAGAAGGAGACGGCCACCCUGCUUUGGCAAGGCAAGGCUGAUGCAGCGGAGGUUGAAGCUAAGAUGCAGGAGGCAGCCUCUGAUGACAAGGCCGGUGCAAGCUUGAAGAAGCAUCAGAAGAAGCUUCGUGUCAAGGGGGCUGUGUUCAGCCUUUUGUCUUUGAUCCUCCUCACGGGCGUGGUCCUGUGGAGGCCCUUCGUGUUUUCAGUGGAGGAGGCGGUAGGAAAGGUUGCAAUCCGGCUGGUGAUCUUCGGAAUGUGUGCAGGCCUCUCCCUACGCUUAUUGCAGUACGCCAUCAUUCCUCAAGCAGCCAGGUUUGCCUUCCCUUCGGCUCUGGGCGCGCUGUGCGCGGGGCCCGGGAAGACAGCCCACUGGCUGUUGGCAGUAAACUCUCGGAUGGCCGCUGCCGCAGCAGCCUCCGCAUUCCUGCUGCCCCAGGUAGGGCUUUUGCAGAAAAUCUUAUACCACACGCAGAUGGCGCAGCAGAUCGAGUGGUUGGACGCCUGGGUGUUUCAGAUCUCCACGGCCUACCUGGGAUGCGUCCUGAGCGUCCAGGUUGCGAAGUUCUUGCGGCGACAGCUGCCUUGGAGGCCUCCGCAGCUGGUGGCUCCAGUGGUAGCUUUGAGCAAAGCCAUCACUGUGGGGACCUGUGGCGCAGCACUGGCACGAUGUAUUCUGCUGGCCGUGGGAUCUCCAGGACCUUCCAGUGCUGGGCCUUUUGGGGCAACACCUGGAGCGACUAGCAUCACAGUUGGUGUGCUGCUGGCCGUGCUGGCGCUGCCAUGCUUUCUCGCCAGAAAUUGGCUACACCGACUCGCUUGUGUCUUCUCGAGCUCUUCCAGCUUCUGGAUCCGCUUCCCGGCCGAUUCCACGCGCGUGGUGCCCGCGCGGCUUCUGCGCUUUCGCGGGCCGCGGGCGGUGCUGCGGCCGUUUGGAGCACCAGAGGAAGUGGAGGUGCCAGCUGCUGAGUUGAAGGGCGCUAGCCGAGGCGAACUCCGGCCGUUGAGGGUCACCUUGAGCGGUGCAAAGCAGCAGCUUUCAGGUCCCUUGAGAGCUUCCCUGAAGCAGCAGGUGGGCUUGCUCCAGCGCCCACCUUUGCAGCCACAGGUGCAUGUCGCUGAGGACUCGGUGCAAGUGAGCGCCUUCCUGGACCGCUCGGCUCCACUCAGCCAGGUUCGAGAGAUCAAAUCCGCCUUGCUCCUGGCUGCAGCUGAGGCAGCAUCCUGAAGGGGAUCCAACCAUUCGGAUAGAAGGUCAGCGAAGCAAAAGAAGAGUGAGGUGCGCGUGACCGGUGCCGGCGCGGUCACUGAUUUCCUGGACUUGGU